GAGUAGCUUCCCCGAGCCUUGUCACCCAGCUGCUAUCGUACGCAUUUUUGUCUUAAUUCCACCAAAGGGUGAGCCCUGAGAAUGACGUCAGACCUAAUCGAAUAGCCGAGUCGAACGCACACUGAGGAAAUCAAGGGGCGGGCUCUGGACUGACAGUUUGUAAGAGCCAUGCAAUCACACACUAGACAACUCAUUGUGGUCACGGUCAGGUUAAGGAAAUACGGAGCUGGAACAAACACAAAGAGACUUGCACUCCUCAAAAUUCGCUUUGACCAAAUCACACGAGCAUCGUUUUCACUUUCACGCAGCAAAAGAAGUCGCACUUGCAAGAACAAGAUAUCAAGAUGAAGCUGACAGCGGUCGUUGUAUUGUUGUGGUCGAUACUGAGCCAGAGCGUGCCGUCGGUCAACUGCACCGCGCCUUCCGAUGAAACGCCUUGCUACUCCUGCUGUCAACACGGUACCCCCGGAGUGCCGGGUAUCCCAGCUGUACCCGCACCCCAGGGGCCCAUGGGUCCCAAGGGGGAGCUCGGGACCCCGGGGGAGGUCGGUCUGAAAGGGGACAAGGGAGACAAGGGCUCGGUGGGCGCACCAGGCGAGACAGGGGAGCAAGUUGUGGGCCAGCCUGGCCAGCAAGGACCUGCGGGACUGUCUGGUCCGAAAGGGGAGAAGGGAGACCCAGGACCCACGGGCCCGAUGGGACAACAAGGCGAACCCGCCGCAAGUGCCUCUCAAGUAGCAUUCACCGUUGCGAGAAUCACAAGAUACAGUGCCUCAGGCGGCCGCCUGAUCUUCGAUAAGACCGUGUUCGACAUAGGGGCAAAUUUCAACUUACCCACGGGCACUUUCACGUGCGCAGUACCUGGCAUCUACGCCUUUAUGUUUUCAGUCUUGAAAACACAUGACUCGAACAGUAUUUACGUGACAUUGUAUAAAAACACAGAGCGAACUGUGACAGUUCAUGAUAACACUCUAGGAUACCAUCAACUGAGCAGCAGCUCAGUGAUGUCGUUGGUGCCAGAUGAUCAGGUUUAUUUAUCAUUGAGUGGCGCUGUUCACGGUACUUCUGCUAAUUUCACUUCGUUCACCGGGUUUCUGCUGUACGCAAACUAGGUAUACAUGUACAUGCACGCCCCGACCUACUUGGGUCAAUGGCCCGUGAAAGUUCAGUUCAGUUCGGCAUACAGACGUAAUGGCUUAAUUAGCUGAACAAGUAGUAGUCGCUGAAAAAUUAAUUUGAUUAACUUUAUAUAAUCAUUAAUAGCUUUAUAAGUACAUUUAUUGGAAAGCAUACGAUAGAAAAGUAGUUGCUCUAUAGCGUAUUUAGUUGCCUAAUCAAUUUGGUGUUUCUCGCUGGAACAUAAGCAAAACUGGCUUUGGAGUUUCUAACGUUUAUUUUUUUUUCAAUUGAUAUAACAUGAUCUGUGGAAAAAGGCGUUUCUCGCUAGCGCACAAAUUAACCUUUUUUCAAACUGGUUCACAUAUCACUUGUAAUGUUAAAUGGAAUGCUGUGUUUCAGGUGACAGACUAUUCCAACCAGUGGUUGAUUAGUAAACUAUACCAUUGAGAAACGAAUGAGGAUAAUUAAAGUUUGUAAGCAUCAGCAAUUUAAAACAAUGAAUAAUUAAUAAGACCAAGAACAAUCGUGCUUUUCUCGAAUAAUAUUAGGGUGUACAAAUAAAUGUUUAGCAUAAAGUUCAAAAGGUGUUGCCAAUGGAUAGUGACAAUGGAGCGCACAGUUAGGUUAAACUAUGAUAAGAGUAUCAAACUCUGUUUCCAUGAUUAAUAAUCUUUUGUUCACGAAGAAACACUAACUGAAAUAUUUUGACAGUGAAUGUCAUUAUAACAGUAAAAGGAAAAUCGUGUGGAUCGCUAUAGAACACUGGCCAAUUAGAUUAAAAAGAAAUAAAAGCAGUUAAUCUUUCAAUAUGA